AUGACAAUCAUCUACCUACGAUUCUUGAAAAACCCUGAUCCUGUCGAAGAUAUUGUCCUCGUCACCGAGACUCUUCAAAAGAUCAACCCAGACUUAAGCGAGACAGAGCGUACCGAGGACACUAUCACCUUCUCUUCUCCAGACCACGACGUCGACAUCUUUGGCAACAUCUUUGAUGAAUGGCUCCAUUCCGAACCCCCAGUCAUCAUUACGUUUCGAAUGCUGGCCGAUUCUUGA